GGAGCUCUGUGACAGGAGGCAGACUGGGAGGUUGGGAGCUCGGAUUGGGCCCCUGAUAAGCACUCAAGAUUGGAAUCUUGGUUGUUUAGAGGCUGGAAAUGUCUAGGUCACUGUUAGGUGGAGGAAGGAAGUUUGUUCACAGGGGCUGGGGUGCAGAGCACUAGAUACCCAAAGGGAGGAAGUUGAGAGAUGGGGUUUUUUAGAGCCUGCAGAAGACAGGCCUCUUGUCCUGACACUAGGGUGAUGUCGGGAGGCAGAAGAGGGAGGAUGCCUUAGACCAGUCUUAAAUGGCUGAGUUGCUGAGCCCCUGGGGUAAGGCGGGGAAGCAGGAAGGAGGGUAUCUGGAGUGGGAAGAAAGAAAUGUAGUUCUGCAGUAGUUAGGCCUCAAGAGAGAGAAGAUAGUUCUCUUGGGAAGCAGAAAAACAGGGGCCUAGACUCCUGGGUUCUGACAAGGGUGAGGGAGGAGUGAGCCUGGAACUGAGGUGACCAAAACGUUCCUACAUGCCCAGCACUGUUCCGGUUUUAAAACUGAAAGCCCCACAUCUUGGGAACUCCCUAGCUAGAGCCCAAAUUAAUCUGUCCCCAGGGGAGAUGAGGGCUUGGGGGGCCUGGAUUCCCGUGUUUGGGACCCUGUGAGGACACUGUCUUUCCCCUUCCCCCAGCCAUGCCAGUGACGGUGACCCGCACAACCAUCACAACCACCAUGUCGUCGUCCUCGGGCCUGGGGUCCCCGACCAUCGUGGGGUCCCCUCGGGCCCUGACCCAACCCCUGGGCCUCCUCCGCCUGCUGCAGCUGCUGUCCACCUGUGUGGCCUUCUCACUGGUGGCCAGCGUGAAUGCCUGGACAGGACCGAUGGGUAACUGGUCCAUGUUCACAUGGUGCUUCUGCUUUGCCAUGACCCUGCUCAUCCUCAUCGUCGAGUUAGGUGGGCUCCAGGCCCGCUUCCCCCUCUCUUGGCGCAACUUCCCCAUCACCUUCGCCUGCUACGCAGCCCUCUUCUGCCUCUCGGCCUCCAUCAUCUACCCCACCACCUACGUCCAGUUCUUGUCUCACGGCCGUUCCCGGGACCACGCCAUCGCCGCCACCUUCUUCUCCUGCAUCGCUUGUGUGGCUUAUGCCACCGAAGUGGCCUGGACCCGGGCGCGGCCCGGCGAGAUCACCGGCUACAUGGCCACCGUGCCAGGGCUGCUCAAGGUGCUGGAGACCUUCGUGGCCUGCAUCAUCUUCGCGUUCAUCAGCAGCCCCCACCUGUACCAGCACCAGCCGGCCCUGGAGUGGUGCGUGGCAGUGUACGCCAUCUGCUUCAUCCUGGCGGCCAUCGCCAUCCUGCUGAACCUGGGGGACUGCACCAACAUGUUGCCCAUCCCCUUCCCCAGUUUCCUGUCAGGACUGGCCCUGCUGUCUGUCCUCUUCUACGCCACCGCCAUGGUCCUCUGGCCCCUCUACCAGUUUGAUGAAAAGUAUGGCGGCCAGCCCCGGCGGGGGAGAGACGUGAGCUGCAGCAACAGACACACCUACUACGUGUGUAACUGGGACCGCCUCCUGGCUGUGGCCAUUUUGACGGCCAUCAACUUGCUGGCGUAUGUGGCCGACUUGGUUUACUCUGCUCGCCUGGUUUUUGUCAAGGUCUAAGACUCUUCCAAGGGGCCUCCGCUUCCCUCUUUCCAACAUCUUCAUUUCUCUCACCCGGGGUUUUCUUUACUUAGUUCUUAUUGCCUUUUAAUAUCUCCUCUCCCUCCUGCCCUUUUUCUUUCCUUCCUGAUCCCUCAUCACUCUUUCCCAUUUCUUUGACUCCUUUUGCCCCUUUCCUCUUGCUCUGUUUCCCCUCUUUCCUGUUUUGUUUUGU